GGAGGAGAAAGAGAAAUCUCGCGCUCGCUGUAGAGAGAGAAAGUAGUUAGAGAGAGAGAAUUUUGAGAUGAUGACGACGAGUUAUGGAGUCUCUGCUUCUGUGAUUGCUUCGGUGUUUGUGCUAUCAAUCGUCCUGGUUUUCAUAAUCUCAGGCGACUUGAGUUCGCUCAUGUGCUUCGAUACUUGGAAAUCCGAAUUCACAGUGCCGAUUGUCCUAUUGCAGACCAAGAUUACUGGAGCUUCCAAUGAGUUCCGAGCUGUUUCCUCUGAACGAUCCAAUGCUACUACUGGUUUCUCCGUUAACAGUCGUUUCAGAAACCGAACUGUCAUUAGAGAAGAAGUGCGAGGAUCGGAGCAAGGACUAGCGCGGGCAAGAGCUGCGAUUCGGAAGGCGGCGUCGAGUGGAAAGCUCUCAUCAAAUGUCCGCGACCACGGUGACGAACUCGCCGGCGACAUCUACCGUAACCCCGGCGCAUUUUAUCAGUAA